CCGGGAAAACGGCUUCUACAUUCUUCUUGCUUCAUGGUGCAGAGGAGAGCUCAGACACACACCGGCCGGGAACACAAAGCCGUUUAUCACACUAAGGUGAAACCCUGACUGUAAAAAGAACAUGAAUGGUAUGGGAGAUCACUGGAAUAUGACCACUGAUAUCAGGGAAGAGGAUCCCGAGAUCGCACAGAUAAUAGUGAAUGAGAAGGACCGACAGAGAAGGGGACUGGAACUGAUUGCCUCGGAGAAUUUCACCAGCAAGGCUGUUCACCAAGCUUUAGGAUCAUGCUUGACAAACAAGUACUCUGAGGGUCAGCCAGGUCAAAGGUACUAUGGUGGUAAUGAAUUUAUUGACCAGAUAGAGCUGUUGUGCCAGAAGAGGGCCCUGGAAACUUAUGGAUUAGACCCUGCCAAAUGGGGUGUGAAUGUGCAGCCACUGUCGGGAUCACCUGCCAACUUUGCAGUAUACACUGCCCUGGUUGGGCCUCAUGGUCGCAUCAUGGGGCUUUAUCUACCUGAUGGAGGUCACCUCAGCCAUGGCUUCAUGACACCAUCCAAAAAGAUAUCUGCUACAUCUGUUUACUUUGAGUCCUUCCCUUACAAAGUUAAUCCUGUUACCGGACUCAUUGAUUAUGACCGCCUCCAUGAAAACGCUAAAAUGUUUCUUCCAACGAUGAUUGUAGCAGGUGUGAGUUGCUAUUCAAGAAACCUUGACUACAAACGGUUUCGUGAGAUUGCCAAUGAGAACGAUGCCUACUUGCUUGCAGACAUGGCCCAUGUCAGUGGUUUAGUUGCUGCAGGCCUUGUUACAAAUCCAUUUGAAUAUUGUGACAUUGUAACAACCACAACCCACAAGACACUACGUGGCCCAAGAUCAGGAAUUAUCUUCUACAGGAAAGGUGUGAGGAAAGUGCUGAAAAAUGGAAAGGAAGUAAUGUAUGACAUGGAAAAGAAGAUCAAUGAGGCAGUUUUUCCAGGACUUCAGGGUGGUCCUCACAAUCACCAGAUUGCUGGUGUUGCUGUAGCCCUGAAGCAGGCAAACACGCCCGAAUUCAAAGCCUACCAACAGCAAGUCAUCAGUAAUGCAAAGACCAUGUGUGCAGCUAUGCAAAAAAAGGGAUACACAAUUGUGACUGGUGGAACGGAAAAUCAUCUGAUUUUGGUGGACCUUCGUCCAAACAAAAUUGAUGGGGCUCGUGCAGAGAAAAUCCUGGAGGAAGUAAGCAUAGCUAUCAACAAGAAUACCUGCCCUGGGGACAAGAGUGCCCUGAAACCAAGCGGCCUGCGGAUAGGAACACCAGCACUCACAUCCAGGAACUUCAAAGAUGCCGACUUUGAAACAGUUGUAGAAUUUAUUGAUAGAGGAAUCCAACUGGCUAUUGAAACCCAGUCCAACUGUGGACCCACUAUCAAGGAGUUCAAUGCUAAAGUUCAUGAGGAUGAAACUGUAAAGGCAAAAAUAGAAGCACUCAAGAAAGAAGUGGAAUCUUUUGCACUGACCUUCCCUCUUCCUGGUAAUGAGGAUUGGUAGAGAGACUGUGAAAAUCAAGGUUGUCACGGAGCCUGUUUUGAAUUAAAAACAAUCCUAAGCUACGAAGACUUUCAACAGUGCCUGAUACUGUGUAUUACAAAUAUUUUGAACAAACAUCAAAUGUUUGUGUCCAUUCAUCGAGUUGGGGCAGUUUGUAUUCACACUUUUAUGCCACAAGGGAUGUAUAACUAAAUAUAUGUCUGUAUUUUGACAGAGCUUGUCUGGUAGACUCUAAAUUCCAAACUUUAAUGCAGUUUUCUAAAACUUGGUAGAACUGACCACAAGCUUUAGGUUUUGUUGAAAAGUUAAUUAGUGUAAUUGUAAAUACUUUUUUCAAGAUAUUUUUCAGAGAGGUAACACAUACAUAAUAAUGUUGAGCAUUUAAAUUAGCAUUUAGUUUACUGCUCUGGGUUAUUUUUCUGGUAAUGGAUUAUGCAGAUAUGAUGUGAACAAGAACUUUUUUCUAAACGGGUCUACUCUUAUCAAAUAUUUUGUUUGGUGUUUUGUAUUUUUUAAACAAAUGAAUUUAGGAUUUGAGAUUAAAUGAUUCAAAUAUUUUUAUUUAUUUUUCAGAGCAUAGAAUCUCGGAAUUAAUUUAUUUUUGUUGAUAAGCUUUUAUGAAAUUAUCAAAUGGUGAUUAUUCUAAUACAAAAUAGAAGUUUUGUGAAGGAUCAAUAUUGUAAAUAUUCCAAAAAUACAUUUAAGAAGAAAGUCAUAAAUCACACAUGUAUCAAACGGUAGUAACACUGGUUUCCCCUGAGCAAACACCAUGUACAUCGUUAGAAACUGUCUUUGUGUUGUCCACAUUCAAGAUACUUGUACCUUUAUACCUGUAUGUGUACAUCAAAAGUGAGAUAAUUAAGCAUCGUCUACCAAAACCAUCUAAAAAUAUUUCUGCACGAAUGGUUUUGACCUUAGAUGGCGUGAUUUUCACCUAGCAUGGAAAACCACAUUUACUACAUGGGGGAUUAGUGAUGCUGUUAAAUGUUUAUACACAAUGUGUAUGUAUUUUAUUUCUUAUAUAUUAUUUUGAUAUAUUAAAGUUGAUUUCUGUUCACAAUAAUUUGGGAAGAAAACCACCUUUUUUGGUAAUUUUAUCAAUGCUGUAUGUGAUAAUUUUGGGGACGUAUUUGCUUAUAUUUACAUUUGCAAGGCAUUAUCACUAGAUAACCUACUUGAAAGCUGUGUCUUUGAUGAGACUUCAACUCAUUCACCCGUGAAGACACAUUUGAACUCAUCCAAUUCAGAGGUUGGAAUAGUUCAUUAUGAAACUCCAGGGGGGAAUGAGUUAAAUGACAUCCACCACGAGACACAUUUCUCAUUUUCUCAUGUUAUUGACCAUAUUUGUGCAGACUGUCGAUAAGGCGGGAAUUUUAAAUUUUAAAUAUACCUUGUAAGUUAAGAAACCUUCAUGAAAGCCGGAGAAAACGUAAAUAUAAGCAAGUAAUGCCAGUAUAAUUUUGUCCACAAUGCAUAAUCUCUAUUAAAGCAAUCGUGGAUUAAAUGAGACGCAUAAUAUGUUGUGAAUACUUUCUCGUUACACACAUUAAAUUUUUUAUAAGAAA